AUGGCAACCAGCGCUUUCUUGCAGCAAUUCCAGACGGACGAAGCCAAGAGCCAGUAUGUCAGUGCAGUGGCUGGUUCGGCGCUCGUCUUCGCCAGUGCCUUCGUAUUGAACGCUAUGAGACGACCAAAAGAAUUUACCACCGACGAGGGCAAGCGCAUCGCCGAGCUUCCCGCUGACGUGCGCAUGUCCAAGUUCGUUCGCAGCCGGGAAUUGUCUGAACAAGGCGAGGCUCUCGCCGGUACCGAGCCGUAUCUCAUCCGCAGCGGGCCCUACCACGAACUGGUGAUCAGCCAGCCCGACCAAGUCCACGAGUUCUACCGCAGCGACAGCAAGAGCCACACCAAGCCCCGCAAUCUGAACCUGGGCGAGCCCUUCGGCCGCUUCCUGGGCCCCUGUGUCGGCGUGCAGUACGGCGACCACUGGCGGGCGAUCCGCAAGCACUUCGACCCGCCCUUCGCCUUCCAUCCGUCCUACUGGACGCUGCUGGAGCUGAACGACCAGCACGACGCCAUCAUGAUGGACAUGCUGGUCAGCAAGCACCCGGACUCCAAGCUCUACAAUCUGCUGCCCAGCGCCCCGCGCAAGCGACUGCAGGAAUUCCACAGCCGGUGGCAGGAGUUCAACCGGCUGAUCGUCGAGAACGCCCGUGUCGGCGGCUGGGCGUGUCCCGUUGAGACAAUCUACCGCGGCGUGGAGCCAGACAAAGACUUCACCGAAGACGCCUUCCUCGCAACCCUCACCGAGAUCCUCUUCGCCAACGUCAAUAUCAGCGCCGAGGUCUUCCGCACCAUCUUCACCAACCUCGCCACGAGCCCCCGCAUCCAGACGUCACUCCGGCAGGAGAUCCGGGAGUGGAAGGCGAAGCCCGACUUCGAUCUGUCCAAGUACCUCGCGAAGCAGGAUACCUUGCUCAACCGCGUGCUGAUGGAGAGCAUGCGCAUCUCGCCUGCUUUCUGGUUCUCCAUGCCCGAAACCACGGCGGAGCCCAAGAAGAUUAGUGGGUACAACAUCCCCGCCGGCACGCCGGUGGUGAUCGACACGCGUCGCCUGAACAACGGGGCCGCUACUUGGGGUCUUACUGGUGUGGACCGGUUCGACCCCGAUCGGUUUCUGAAGGUGGCCAGCCAGGACCUGCGCUGUGGGUUCAUGCGGUUUGGGACGGGGGCGGCAUCCGGACGGUGUUUGGGGAAGAAUGUCGCGGAUGCGGUGUUCAAGCUGACGGUGAUGGAAGUGCUCGAGCGGUUCCGGCUGGAGAGCGUGAGUGAGAGUGCCAAGGAGGGGCGGUCGGUGGAUGUCCGGUUGGUGGCGUUGAAGUAA